AUAUUUUUAUUGUAUAAUUAACUCUGGUAAACAUUGAAAAAUCUUUCCUUCAAAUCACUCAACUAUGCCAAUUAUUGAAUAAUAAAUUUUAUCAUUAUAGUAUUGAUAUGUUACUUUUUACUCAGUUUAUAUUACACUUAAAGUAAAUAUUAUAAUCCCUUCCAUCAGUAAUAUUUCUUGUUGUUUUGUGAUUUCACCUUCCUUCCAUUUUGCUUGCCAUGAUGAACCUUGAUGGAGCUCAAAUGCUGGACAGAACUUUUUCAUUAAAUGUUGAUGAUGUUUUCAAUAUGAUUUUCUUUGAUAGUCCAUUUUUCCAAUCGCUCUUGGCCAAAAGAAACACGUAUAAUAUUACAGUUGGUGAAUGGACUGAUAUAGAUCCAAAUAAUGUUUCAGAUGAUCUUAAGGAAUACAAGCAAUAUCGGAAUCUAUCGUAUACAAUGGAUGUGAACCAGUCAAUGGCUAAAACUGUAUCAACAACCGAGGUUCAAUAUUUAUAUGCCAGUUCUACUCCUGGUCAAGCAUAUGUGAUAAAAUCAGAAGUAUCCAAUAUGGGAUUUCCGUUAUCAAGCAGCUUUCGAGUUGAUACUGUUUAUUAUUUAAGCAGAGGAGAAACCGAAAACGAAUGUAAUUUGCAAAUUUAUGGCAAAGUUGUGUUCAAAAAAAGUGCUUGGGGAAUGAAAUCAUUGAUUGAAGAUUCUACAAUCCAAGGAUUAAGUACUUAUGUCGAAGAUCUGACCAGAUCAUUACUAGAACUUACUGAACCUGAUCUUAAAAAUAUAAAGUUAUCCAAUGGAUCAAGUUUUUUAUCCAAGGAAUCUAUUGCCCCAAUGACUGAAUCUAUUAUUGUAACUCGUGAUCCGAUAAUUGCUGGGAAAAAAUCUUUAAGUUUAAGGAAAAGAUCAUCGUCUACAUCAUCUUCAUCACUUUCACCUAAUAUCAUUGAUCAGAAAUUGUCUAGUGAGUCUGGUAUAAAGAAACGCCGUGAUCAUUUAUUUAUUAAUAAAAUACAAACUUCAUUAGACUAUUAAGAUUAGAAGAUUCAGCUCAACUCUUGAAAUCAAUAUUACAUCCUGACUUUACGGUUCAAAGCUAAAGUCCUAUCUUCCAUUGCAUUCCAUGUAAAAAGAAAUAUUUGAUAAUUUUCUGGUUUUUGUUUGUUUCAAUCGUCACUCAGUUUUAACGUUGUAUUUAUUAAUUUUAUUUUUGGAUAAUGGUUAUUUCAAUUUAUCACAAUCGAUCUCUUUGUAAUUUUUAAAAAUAGCUACCCAUAGUUUUGUAAAUCAAAUCAAGCCUCGCCAACUAAAUUAUUAGUGUAUGAAUUUGAAUAUAAAUAAAAUAAUUAAAAUUUGAAAUUAAAAAGA